CAAUCGAAACAAGUCCUCCCACCAAGAACUAGUCAUCGCAUAAAGAGCGAACAGAAAUUCAUUUGUUUGUCGGUUCCGUCCGGGACGAACGUCUUCGGGGGUUCUUCAGGAGUUUCAGAGUUGAGAGUUGAGACUCAUCCACAAUCACAAGCCAAGCCUCAGAGUAAAAGAUGGGAAGAAGACUGGACGCUCUGCUCGGAAGAACCUUCAAGACUUACAAAUUCAAAGCCCUUGUGAACCUCGCCAUCUCCCGCCUUGCCAUCCUCAAGAACCAGCGUCAGGUCCGCUGCUCUCAAGCCCGCUCCGAUGUCGUUCAGCUUCUCAACCUCGGACACCAUGAACGUGCUCUCCUUCGUGUUGAGCAUGUGAUCAAGGACCAGAACAUGCUGGACGUGUUUAUUAUGAUUGAGGGAUACUGCAAUCUCAUGAUAGAAAGGGUCGUUCUCAUUGAGAACAACAAAGAAUGUCCUGAUGAGUUGAAGGAGGCGAUAUCAAGCUUGAUUUUUGCUGCUUCAAGAUGUGGCGAGUUUCCAGAGCUCCAAGAGAUACGUGCGGUCUUCACUUCACGAUUUGGGAAGGAAUUUGCUGCACGAGCUGUUGAAUUACGCAACAGUUGCGAGGUGAAUCUCAAGAUGAUACAGAAGAUGUCCACACGAUCGGCAAAUACGGAGAGCAGAAUGAAGGUGCUAAAAGAAAUUGCUACCGACAGCGGGAUCACUCUGCAUCUUGAGGAAGUUUCUUCUGAUGCUACCAAGCAGGAGAAAUUGGAGAGGAAUCAGAGGAAGAAUCAUCCCAAGCAGGGCCCUUCUGUUAACUUAGAUGAUGCUGGGCUUGGAGAGAAGACACAUAGUUUUGCAGAGGAGAAAGAAAGGGAUGAGCAGUUCACUCCAAGAUCAAUGAAAUCAAGGAAGUACAGAGAUGUUGCCACUGCAGCACAAGAUGCUUUUGAAUCAGCAGCUUUUGCAGCAGCAGCAGCCAGAGCCGCUGUAGAGCUCUCUAGGUCUGAAUCUCGUGACAAAGAUCCCGACGACAAUAGUGGUUCCACUACUCGGGGUGGCGCGUCGUUCAAAGCUAGUUCUGGAGUUCCCUCCGGGAAUAUUACUGGGAGGGAGGUUGAAGUUGAGAAAUUGAUUGGAGGAUCGAGCUUUGAGAAGAUCCAUUCUGUUGACAACUCUGGUUCUGAAUCAGAAGGUGAAGAACUGGAAAAUAACUCUGAGAAAAUUCAUCUUGAAGAAUUCAAAGAUGGGAAGGAAAAAGCUGAACUGGAGAGAUCACCGUCGGAUUCCAGUUCGGAUUCAGCUGGGGACUCUUUGAAGGAGACCGAGAUACCACAUAACCAGCCGCCGGAGAAAAUAUUCUUUGACGAGAGUGAUAAUGAGGGAAGGAAUGAGCAGGGUACAAUUUCACGGGCUAAGCAACUCCACUCAGGUUUCAGUGGAAAGUCAAGCGUGACCUCAAAUGAAGCCCCAAAACUCAGAGGGUUUGGUGGGGUAAAAGAUGAAUAUAUGCCAGACGACAGUAAUGAUGUUAAGCUUCAUCAUCCAUCCCAGAACACGCUAAGAUAUCAAGCAGCUGAUCAACAUAAGCAUGGGCAGGUCAAUGUGUUGGGAUCAAGAAAUGAAGAGACUUCCAUUUCAUAUUCUGGUGCAAGGUCUCGUUUAGGAACCACACAUCACUUGGAUUCUGAAGAACGAACAAGUCCAAAUGAUCCAAAAGUAGGAAUGAUGCCGGUUUCUGUGAGAACCAGACGUGUGCAUCGGCAGUGAAACGUAUGAUUUUAGGGUGAAGAAUUGUUGUAGAGGCUCUUUUUGUUUUUUAUAUUUCUUAAUUUUUUCAUUUCUAUUGGUAGUUUAUGAUGGUGUAAAGUUCGAUUCAGAUGUUUUUUUUGGUAGGAUUUGGCAUUUAUAAGUGAGUAUUUCCCAAAAUUUGUUCAUGAGUUCGAGUAUAACGAGUAUUUCCC